AUGGGCCGCUGUCUCCGUCCCAGGACCCUGGUUCAGUUGAUACUGCUGCCUCUGCUGUGCCGUUGGAACGUGGCUGCCUGUCCCACCCACUGCAAGUGCUCUCCCACCUCGGUCGAGUGCGCUGAGGCUGGCACGGGUGUGGGUUUCCCCUUCCUGGACCUGGACGAGAGAGCCAACAUAACUGAGAUAUACAUUGAGGGCCAGGCUGGCCUGAAGCGCCUGACUGCAUCCGACCUGGAGUACUAUAGCAAGCUCAGGAACCUAAAUCUGUCGUCGAACGCGCUCACCUCCCUGUCCUGGAAACCCUUCCAGUCUCUCAACCUCACUGAGCUGGCGCUGCUGAGAAACCCCCUGCGAUGCUCUUGCGCGAUUGGCUGGCUGCGUCUGUGGCAGGAGCGCGGGCUUGCGGCGCUGGCCAAUCAGAGCCUGAGUUGCCGGGGGAACAGCAGCAGCGUGCGACUUGAGUCGCUGCUGCUCGUCGACUGCGGUGUGGCGGAGGCUGUAAUUGACGCAGAGAACCUGACAGUGAGGGAAGGAGAGAACCUCACCCUCCUGUGUCGUGCCUCGGGUUUGCCCUCACCCUCUGUCCACUGGCUACUGGAGAGGGUCAGGUCCCGAUACUCCCUGCAGGUGGAUGCUGCUCGGCCGCAGGAAGCAGCGCUUAUCCUGAUCAACGUCGACCCCGAGGAGAAUGGCAACACCCUCAGCUGCUGGGCAGAGAACAUGGUGGGGGCCACAGAGGUCUCCCUCACCCUCUCAGUGUUGUAUAAGCCGGAGAUCCUGAGCCUGUCAGACGCCGUCAACCACCACAACUGGUGUUUCCCGUUCGUGAUGCGCGGCAACCCCCGGCCCCACACUCGAUGGUUCCACGGCCCUUUCGAGCUGCCCAACAGCCUCAUCAGCUGGACCACCAUCUAUGAGGAGGCCCCCAACGAGGUGCAUGGCUGCCUGGAGCUGGCCAGCCCCACCCACUGCAACAAUGGUAACUACACGCUGAUCAUCGAGAACCCACUGGGCAGUGCCCGCGCCUCCGCCCAGGGGCACUUCAUGGACGGGCCUCUCGACAUCUGCCUCAGCGAGCCCACCACCCCCGCAGCGAGGGAGACCACCACCUCCAGGAACGUGACGGCCCGGGAGGAGGAGCCUACCUUCGGAGUUUGGGUGCCAGUGGGACUGGCUGUCCUGGCCUCGCUCUUCCUGAUGCUGGUGCUGACCGCGAUUCACCGAGUCCGCGCCGACAGCAAGCUGCAUCACAACCGGGAGGCAAAGAUGCUGGGAGCAGAGGAGGAAGCGGGGGUUUCGCUGCACUUCCUGAACCUGGGAAUCAGUGCCAGCCCACUGCCCCGCGAUCAACAGGAGGCAAAGAGCCAUGCCAUCCAGAACCCACAAUACUUCUGGGAGUCCCCCGUGCACCACAUCAACCGGAGGGACAUCAGUCUGAAGUGGGAGCUCGGAGAAGGAGCCUUCGGCAAGGUGUUCCUGGCGGAGUGGCAGAAUCACAGGGAUGGGGAGGAACCGAUGCUGGUGGCGGUCAAGGCUCUGAAGGAGGCAACGGAGAGCGCACGGACAGACUUCCAGCGAGAGGCCGAGCUGCUGACCUUCCUGCAGCACCAGCACGUCGUCACCUUCCAUGGGGUAUGCACGCAGGGAGAGCCCCUCCUCAUGGUCUUCGAGUACAUGAAGCAUGGAGAUCUCAACCGAUUCUUGCGAUGCCAGGGUCCCGAUGCCCCGAUGCUGGGGAGUGGCAGCGAGCAGACUCUGGGACCGUUGAAAAUGCCCCAGCUUCUGCACAUUGCCCAGCAGAUCGCUGCGGGCAUGGUUUACCUCGCCUCGCUACACUUCGUCCACCGCGACCUCGCCACCCGCAAUUGCCUGGUCGGGGAGGACAUGAUGGUGAAGAUCGGGGACUUCGGCAUGUCCCGGGAUAUCUACAGCACGGACUACUACAGGGUUGGAGGUCGCACCAUGCUGCCUAUCCGCUGGAUGCCCCCCGAGAGCAUCAUGUACCGCAAGUUCACGGCGGAGAGCGACAUCUGGAGCUUCGGUGUGGUCCUGUGGGAGAUCUUCACCUACGGCAAGCAGCCUUGGUACCAGCUAUCCAACACUGAGGCCAUCGAGUGCAUCACGCAGGGUCGGGUGCUGGAGUGCCCACGUGGCUGCCCCCGGGAGGUUUAUGCCAUCAUGCGGGGCUGCUGGACCAGAGACCCGCAGCAGAGGCUGUCCAUCAAGGAGAUCUACGAGCACCUGCAGCAGCUGGUCAGGUCGCCGCCACUUUACCUCGACGUGUUGCAGUGA